CCUGGAAAGAGGUAAUUUUCAUAAAUUUCUUAUGACUUUCCCCCCAAACAUAUUUAUAAUUAUUUAAUCAUUCAAGUCUCUAGAGUAACCCUCCCCAAAAAAAUUGUACCUAGGAUAAAUAUUUUUUUGUUCAUGGGCUUAUUUCUGUGAGUGGCAACAAAAGUUGCCAGUGGGCACAUAGCAUGUCGCUAACUAAAGGAAAACACUGUCUGCAGGAUUGCUCCUAAUUUACUUAUUUAAAAUUGUAGAAUGAUGUACAAUGGCUCAUUUUAGUCCUUUUAGAAUAAUUCCUAGCUAAAUAAAUUCACAGGUAUUCAAGGCCUCUGUGUAUAGGAUUUUUAUACAUUACCAUACAUCAUUUUCUUGCUAGCUAAAAUUCGCUUGCUAGCUAACAUGUAUGUUGUCCUUUCCUUAGGUACACCGUAGCAGAGAUCCUGGCCAUGCUGCAGGACUCUGAAACUGUGGCGGACAUCACAGUUGUGCCUGAGUCAGAAAUGCACGCACAUGACACAGACUGUGACAGUGACCAAUCUGAUGAUGAGGCCACUGGUGACCAUAACCACCUCCCAUCAAGAAUACUCAAAGGUGAAGGCUUUCUACCUAAUUCGGACAUGCAGCUGCCAAAUCCCCCCGAUGAUGAUCCUGGGUGCUCAUCCUCAGUGAGUCAGACAGAGACUAGAAAGGUCAGUGGCACAAAUGAAAAGGUGACCAGUCAGAUUGUUGGGCCCAUGCGCCACAAAACUAAGAACCAAGACAGGAAAUUCAAAAAAAUCAAAAUUGCGGCCAAAGCACCAGCACAAGCCAACAAAAAAUAUCAGAUCCCUCGCUAUGUCCCCAAAGAACAUGAUCCUGGCUUCACAUCAGAUGAUCCAGUGGAUAUCUUCCUCACAUUUUAUCCCAAGUCCCUCAGAGAUGUCACACUGGAAAUGUCCAAUCUCUACGCUGAACAAAAAGGGAAAACGCUCAACCUGACUGAGGAUGAACUUCUUACAUUCUACGGUAUUCUGUUGAUCAGUGGAUACAACACAGUCCCAAGGCGGCGUCUUCUCUGGUCAGACGAUUGUGAUGUCAGCAACAAUGCUGUAAAAGAUGCCAUGCGGAGGAACAGGUUUGAUGAAAUUAUGUCUUCUGUUCAUUUAGUAGACAACAUGAAGAUCACAGCUGACCCGUUCUUCAAGGUGCGUCCCCUUUUUAAGCAUCUAAAUGACAUCAACAACGCAAUCCCGAUAGCAGAACAUGUGGCAGUAGAUGAGAUGAUGAUUGAGUAUUUUGGAAGGCAUGGGUGCAAACAGUUUAUUAGAGGGAAGCCUAUUCGUUUUGGGUAUAAAAUAUGGAGCUUAGCAUCCUCCUCCGGGUUUGUCCAUCAGAUGGAGCCAUAUGUAGGAAGCCACACACAUCUGGUGGAAACUGGACUUGGUCAGGGUCCAAGUGUGGUUCUUGGCCUGGCAGAGAAAGCUGAAGUGCCACCUGGAGUCAAGUUUUACCACGACAACCUCUUCACAACCCUGUCCCUGGUGGAUGAGAUGACCCUGAGAGGCUAUGGCAGCUGUGGCACGAUGCGACAAACUCAGCUCCAUAACGUUCCCUUCACAGCACCCCAGACCUUCAAGAAGACACCCAGAGGAGAUGCUGAGUAUCUGGUUGAGGCAGAGAAGCUGAUUGUAAGGUGGAAUGACAACAGCGUGGUCACCGUGGUGUCGAACAUGGAGAGGGAGUUCACCGAAACUGAGGCGAAGAGAUGGAAUAAACAGAAGCGGACUAUGGACAAGGUCAGACAGCCCAAGUGUAUCCAGGACUACAACACACACAUGGGAGGAGUGGACCUGCAUGACCAGUUUGUCAGCCGCUACAGAGUCAACAUCCGGUCCAAGAAGUGGUGGUGGCCAUGCUUCAGCUGGGCCCUGAACAGUGCCAUGGUGAACAGCUGGUGCUAUUACAGGUCCUGGAAAAGCGGGGAGAAGGAUCUCCUCUCCUUCCAGAGGCUGGUAGCCCAGACCCUCCUCCUGCGCCAUGGAACAAAGCCAAGUAGGCAGGGCAGAAGAUCUUCAAUGGCGGUGGCGAUAACUGAUGCCACCAGGUUUGAUAAUUUGAACCACUGGCCCUGCAACACUGGUAGCAGGUACAAGCGAUGCAAGAACUGCGGCGGACGCACAUCAUUUGCGUGUGGAAAGUGUGAUGUGCCACUACAUGUGGAGUGCUUCAAGAAGUACCACACUGAGUAGAACAUGCAUGAAAGAUGAUGGAAUGUAUGGGAAGAAAUAUGUUAUAUAUGUAUAUAUGUUUUUAGAGGUUCUAAGAAAAAAAUGUUUGUUGAGUUUUUGAGUAUAAAAAAAUUGAGAAUAAAGAAAUCAGUUCAAAUUGUUUGAUGUUUUGAAUUUUAUACAGGGGGAACCUGAGGCUCCACCUUUUUGUUAUUAUUUAUUAUGACUAUAUUAUUAUUUUGUUCUUAUUAUAUUAUUAUUAUUACUUCUCUAUUAUUAUUAUUAGGUGACAUUUGACCUAGUGACAAGCUGUGUGACUACUGGCAACAAUUGUUGCCAGUCAUAAAAAUGCUAUUUUCUUCAAAAAAAAAGUACAAAAUGGAAAAAAUAAAUACAUAACAUGAUUCAGAGGGACUCAACUGAUAAAAUGAUAUGCCUUACAACUCUGAAAAAAAUCUGGGCACAAACGG